CGCAUUUUAGUAAGACUACUUGACCUCCUUCUCCAAACAUACUUUUACUGUCUACACCAUCACCAUUUGUUGAGUGCCUACCUACCUUCUACUAGAAUCUCCCAAAUAUCUAACCAUGACCUUUCCACCCACACCGACCGGUGAAACCAGCUCCCACGCCGGGAACUGCCACUGCGGCGCGGUGCAGUUCCACUUUAUCCUGUCACCGCCGCUGCCCGAGUACCCCACCGCCAGCUGCAACUGCUCCAUCUGUUCGAGGAACGGGUACCUGCUCGUCUACCCCUUCCAGAAGGACUUGGUCAUAGACCAGGGCGCCGAGGUGCUCAAGGACUACCGCUUUGGCGACCGCAAGGCGACCCACCAGUUCUGCAGCUCGUGCGGCAGCAGUUGCUUCAUCUGGCCGCCUUCCAUGGGAGGUGAACCGAUCACGGCUGUCAAUGUGCGCCUUCUAAAGGACUUUGACCCAGAGAUCCUGAAGAUCAACAAGGUCGAUGGGAAGUCAUUCCCGCCGGAGUACAAGGUCUAAACUCACAGGACUAUGUCGUCCGAUAUGGCGAGGUGCAGGCUGGCGUUUCUUGCUCUGAUUUUCUCUCUUGCCAUUUUGUAUACUAUCUGUAUCUUUCUUUCUCCAUCAGAUAAACUCCCUUCUUCUCACAGUCGCUUUCCUUGGGCUGCUUGUCCUGAGUUUGAUCGAGUUAACAUCAGGUCGCUUUUGUUCUUAGCCCGGGGGCGAUUUCUGAUGGAAAAAAGAUUAUGGUCAGUAGGAAUGUAGAGGAUCUUGUACCGUACUUACGCG